AGUACAGAAGGAAAAAAAAAAAAAAAGAGUUGAACGCAGUAGGCUGGGCAAUCCUGCCUGAGAGCUGAAGAGGAAAUACGUGCAUGUUGUUAAUAAGAGCUGUAAAAAACACAUUUUCGGAAAGAGCGAAGAGCGUCCCACCUAACUCUGCUGCUCCAGGGGACAGCUGACAGAUGGGUAGAUCGAUAUGUUUCUGUGCAGUGCACUGAUGAGAUGACAACUGAUGAGAUGGCAACUGCAGUGCUCAAGAUGGGGAAAAACAGAAUUAAACACAUCAGCCUCAUUUGGGUUGUCAUGUCACUAACAGCAUUAAGUGGAUCUGACAACAUUCCAAGGAUUACAAAUCUGGACUGCUUCAAUGAUUUACAGGCGGAAAUAGUUUGUUUCUGGGAUGUUGAUUCAAACAGCAAUUGCAGUGAAGAUUUUGUCUUAUCAUAUGAAGACUUUGAUAAUAAGAUCGGAAUAUGUCGUGACCUGCAAAAUGAGCCGGUGCCUAAUAAGUGUUUGUGCAAGAUCCCUGUGAGUUUUCUAUCAGUUGCGGAAAGCUAUGAAAUAAAAGUCAAAUCACAUGGAGAAUCAGUCGGCAAUACAACAAUUCACAUUGAAUCCACCGUUAAGCCAAGAGCGCCAUCAAAUGUCCGAGUUGACUUCCAAGAGGAUGGAUAUGGCGUAGUGCAAUGGAACACUGGUUAUGAGUCAGCCACCAUCACAGACAACCUGUCCUUUCAAGUUCAGAUCAUCAAUAAGAACAAUGGAAAAGUGACAAUAGAUUACAACUUCGGACCAGCAAAUCCUAAAUAUCCCUUUAAUAAGAAGCAGCUGAAACGAGGAGAAAAUUAUGCAGUGAGGGUCCGAGCAAAGCCGGUACUAAAACUCAGAGGAACCUGGAGUGAAUGGAGCUCAGAAGAUGAGUGGAGAAAUGAUUACAGCCUCACCAUACUGGAUCGGAUUGAUAUCAUUAUCCCAAUUAUCUGCAUAGUGCUGUUAUGCCUGAUUAUAGUGAGUUAUAUCUGCUUGUCCAGAUACAAGAAGAAAUGGUGGGAUACUAUUCCAAACCCUGAAAAAAGCAUGAUUGUCAAGAGGAACCCGAUACAGAAACAUCAAUUAAUUCCACAUAAAAAAGAUGCUGCAAAAAAAUCUUGUGGAAGUUUUUUUAACAGAAUUAUCAAAGCCCACAAGUCUAGAUGUGGCCAGCUCACCCAGCAUGACACUAUCCGACACCCUGUCAUUGGCAUUAUAAAUUCAGACUGUAAAAAGUUUAUUUUCGAACCAAAGAAUGAAGAUAUUGAGAAAUGUGUGGAAAUGUACCCCAAGGAGGAAUGUGAAGACAACCCAGUUCAAGAAGAUCAACCAGAACAUAAGGCUGAAGAUCUCCCACUGGAAGAAGAUUUUGCAAUUACCAAUAUGUUUUUUGCUAUUCUUAGUGAUUCAUCAAGCUUGAAGUUAGAUACAUUUGAAAACUUACAUACAGGAUUUGAUAAAGAGGAGAAACAACAAAACAAUUUAAAUGUCCCAGAACUCUGGAAAUUGGGAUCCCACAACUAUAACUCUGAUAAUUCUCUAAUGGUCUCUUCUCCUAAUAUAGAUGUGGUCAACAUCCCAUGCUUUGAUCGAUGGCCGGACAAUGAAAUAGAUUCCAUACCAUACAGCCCACAAGCCAGUAUCAAGGACAACUCAUAUCAGAGUAAGGGGAACUCUUUAGCAAGUCCAGGUUAUAACAGCUUUGCCAAUGCUAUAUCCGAAGCAAGAAAAGAUUUUAUGAUCAACACAACAAAAUCUUUUUGCCCAGACAAUUUCUCAAAAACCACAGUUCUUGACAAAAAUAAAAUCUAUGAACAGCAGUUGAGUCCAAAUAAUAUUCUGUAUCACAACACAAAAUAUCUUUGUUCCCAUCAUCGCGAGGACAGUUUUCAACCAAACAUAAAACCCAAAUCUGGACAAAUCAUAUUGCAAUGUCAAGAAAGUAAACCUGGUCCAACUUAUUUAUGUAAAGUGUCAGGAUAUCAAAGCUUUGAUCAAGCAGUCCAAGAAAGCGAACUAGACCUUGGGUGCCAGUGGUCCGGAUAUAAGAGUUUUGACCAAGCAGUUCACCACAGUGAUGAAACCUCUGUGAAUGAAAUGAAUGGAUAUAAAAGCUUUGAUCAAGCAGUACAAGAAAAUCAUCCAGUGUCUGGGUGUUACAUAUCUGGCUAUAAAAGUUUUGAACAAACGCUUCAAGAAGGUGAUGACACUUCUGUACAUGAAAGUAAUGGAUAUCAAAGCUUUGAUCAAGCAAUUCAAGAAAGUGAAACCUCAGGAGCAAAAGACUGUUCCGUUCUUGACUCAGGAUACAAACCAUUUGAAAGUCUUAUAUUCCAAAACCAUUCUUAUUCAGAUAAGAACGGUUGUAUUUGUGAAAAUGAUGACUUAAGGGACAGACACUGUGAAAAUAACACAAACUUUGACAACAAUCAAGAGUAUAGGCUUCUCUCUUCAGGGUCAAUGGAACUUAUAUAUAAGAAUUCUGUGAAAGCAACAAAGAAAAAAUAUCCAUCUUUUGGAGAUAAAACCUUUAAUGCAUUAAAGAGAUCAGUGGGUGCUAACAAUAACACCGACAUGACCUUAAAACAUGAAGGUAGUAGACCGUUAGCAUUGACUUUUGACAUAUGUGAGCAUUUGAGGAACCUGGAAAACUUGCAUAGACAUAAGGUGCCACUCAUCAACCUAGAAAACAGUACAAUCCUCAUACAUGGGGCAAUAUUUCCUUGCCAUCUGGAUAAGGGUUCUUUCACUCAAGAACAGCUCACAAUUAACAAGAAUCUUAGUCUUCAAAAAUUCCCUUCAACUUCAUAUACUUUUGAGAAUACUUCUUUUCAUAUGCCUUUGUAUGAAUUAGAUGCCUUAGAUUCAAGUCAGACAACUAAACAUUUAUUAAUUCAACAAAGCAGUUUGGAUAAAGAUGGCAACUCCUACAUGAAGAUAAAGUAGUUAACCCAUAAUGAUGCUCAGUGUUGCAAAACAAAAUUGCUAACCCAAGCCAAACUCUUAAGCCCUGUACACACGGC